AUGGAAGAAGCUCUAAGGGCUGAUCUGUUGACAAUAACUCGUUCACUAACGCCAAGGGGUGUUGAUGAGCGCAAACAUUGUCGAUAUCAUCAAAACAUGGGACAUACCACGGAGGACUGCAUAACCUUGAAAGAUAAGUUAGAAAGUCUAGUGCAGGCUGGGCAUCUGAGGGAGUUUGUCUGCUCGGGAGGCCGUCCUCCCCGAAGGAAUAACCUAGAUCGGGGAAAGCCUCCACCGACCGAGCAACGUAGCAGAAGCAGGAACAGAGAAAGACCAUUACGUGGGGUUAUUAACAUGAUCUCUAGAGGGUUUGCCGGCGGGGGCCCAUCUUUUGCAGUGCGGAAACGACAUUUGAGAAACCUUCAUAGAGUUAAUCAGGCUGAACUAGCACGCAGGUCCAUGCUGCCCAUAACUUUUUCAGAUGAAGACUUUCAUGCACCUGAUCCUAAUCAGAAUGAUCCCAUGGUAAUAAUAGUUAUAAUCGCUUGGUACGGUGUGGGCAAGGUCCUUGUAGAUCAGGGAAGUUCGACAAAUAUCCUGUAUUGGAAGACGUUUGAGUAG